UUCCCUGCUCUGUCCCCAGAUCUAUCAGUACAUCCAGAGCCGCUUCUACCGGUCACCUGAGGUGCUCCUGGGCACACCCUACGACCUGGCCAUUGACAUGUGGUCCCUGGGCUACAUCCUGGUGGAGAUGCACACCGGAGAGCCCCUCUUCAGUGGCUCCAAUGAGGUGGACCAGAUGAACCGGAUUGUGGAGGUGCUGGGCAUCCCACCAGCCCCCAUGUUGGACCAGGCACCCAAGGCUCGCAAGUACUUUGAACGGCUGCCUGGGGGUGGCUGGACCCUACGAAGGACAAAGGAACUCAGGAAGGACCUGGUGCUGCGCAUGCUGGAGUAUGAGCCCGCCGCCCGCAUCAGCCCACUGGGGGCUCUGCAGCACGGCUUCUUCCGCCGCACGGCUGAUGAGGCCACCAACACGGGCCCGGCAGGCAGCAGUGCCUCCACCUCGCCCACACCCCUUGACACCUGUCCCUCCUCCAGCACCGCCAGCUCCAUCUCCAGCUCUGGAGGCUCCAGCGGCUCCUCCAGUGACAACUGGAACUACCGAUACAGCAACCGAUAUUGUGGGGGCCCUGGGCCCCCCAUCACUGACUGUGAGAUGAACAGCCCCCAGGUCCCACCCUCCCAGCCGCUGCGCCCCUGGGCAGGGGGUGAUGUGCCCCACAAGACACAUCAGGCCCCUGCCUCCGCCUCGUCACUGCCAGGGGCCGGGGCCCAGUUACCCCCCCAACCCCGAUGCCUUGGCCGUCCCCCAUCACCAACCUCACCACCACCCCCGGAGCUGAUGGAUGUGAGCCUGGUGGGCGGCCCUCCAGACUGCUCCCCACCUCACCCAGCGCCUGCCUCCCAGCACCCGGCUGCCUCAGCCCUCCGGACUCGGAUGACAGGAGGUCGUCCACCCCUUCCACCCCCUGAUAACCCUGCCACUCUGGGGCCUCGCUUGGGCCUCCGUGGUGUACCCCAGAGCACGGCAGCCAGCUCAUGACCCAGCCCCCUCCCUGGGGCCCCUCCUGAAGCCAUACCCCCCCAUCUGGGGGCCCUGGGCUCCCGUCCUCAUCUCUCCCCUUGACUGGAAUUGCUGCUACCCAGCUGGGGUGGGUGAGGCCUGCACUGAUUGGGGCCUGGGGCAGGGGGUCAAGGAGAGGGGUUUAGGCGCACCCUCCCUGUAAGGACUGGACCCUUGGCCCCCUCUCCCCCCUUGUUUUCUAUUUAUUGUACCAAAGACAGUGGUGGUCUGGUGUCGGGGGAGACCCCCUUCACCCUAGGGCCCUAGGAGGGGGUGGGGGCAGGUAGGGGGAGAUGGCCUUGCUCCUCCUUGCUGUACCCCCCAGUAAAGAGCUUUCUCACAUG